AUGAAUCCGAAACUUUUAGGCGUCCUCGCCGGAGUAGCUUUAGCUGUCGUUCUGUUUUGGCCGGCAGGCAGUUCUAAAAAGGUCGAACGACUCUAUAACGAAGCAGAACAACUCUACAGUCAAAAUGAUUACGAAGGGUCAACUGAAAAGUACAAUCAAGCCCUUGAAGAAUCUGUCAAAUGGGGGGUCAAGACCGAGGUUAUUGAUAAGGACUUCCAAACCCUUGCAAAUUACAAAAUUGCCGUUAACUAUUCUAAAUGGGCGGAGCAGAGUGGUGAUAUUACCCACUAUGACAAUGCAAUUGAGCAGAUUGAAAAAGUUGCACCGAAUGCCACUGUGCCCAAACAUCAGGAAGGGUUAACCUACCUAUGGGGACACGUCCUCUACAAACAAGAGAAAUUUGAACUCGCUGAACCGAAGUUUCACACCUUGAUUGAAAACUUCCCCAAUAGCCUGUUUGUCGAAAAUGCUUGGUAUGCAAUUGGGCAGCUCAAUUAUAAACUGCAAAAGUAUGACUCAGCGCGCCGAGCGUAUAAAGAAGUACUAGACGGAUUCCCAAACUCAGAGUUCAAGGAUGAUGCACAACACCUAAUUGCACAGUCUUUCCUCAACGAAAAGAAUUACGAGCAGGCGUACCCAGAAUUUGAUAAGCUUGCCACCGAAGAAUUUAAAACCUUCGUAGACCUGCAAGCGGAGGCGAGUUACAAAGCCGCUUUCUGUUUGAAUCAACUCGCCCGUGAUGAAGAGGCAAUUGGUAGAUACACCCAAUUUAUCACGGAAUACCCAACAAGUGGUUAUGUAACCGCUGCCUAUUUUGACAUCGGCGCAAUUUACUCAAAACAGAAAGACUAUGACAAUGCGCGAGUCAACUAUGAGCUUGCUUUGCAGAAUACGGACGAUCGAGACCUGCAAGCAGAAAUUCAGGUAACCAUUGGUCGUACCUACUACGAGCAGCAAGAUUACCCCAACGCAGUGGAAUCGUACAAUACACUGCUUGAAGAGUAUCCGGAAUGUGAUUUCAUUAGUGAGGCGAAGUUGGGUAUUUCCGAUAGCUACUUCAAGUCGUCAGCUUGGGCCGAAGCCGCUGUCGCAUACCAACGUGUUCUCGACGAGCAUCCCGAGGAGACCGAUUUUACCCCUUAUCUCACCUACCAGAUGGGAGAAUCAAACUAUAAGCUAGCUUCUGACCUGAAAGAUGACGAUCAAACAGAUGCGGCAAAUGCGUCUUAUGAAACAGCGCUUAUCUGGUAUCAAAAAGCUGUUGAUGACUUCCCGGCGGAUCCGGUCGCAUCUCAUGCACUCUAUGGUGCUAUCUGGGCGUUGAACGCGCUCGAGCGAAAGGAUGAGCUUGAGGCUGUUGCGCGGGAAUUUAUUGAUAAAAACCGCAUGGAUAAUGAGCUUGACCUUCUUGCUGCUGAAGUUCAGUUGAAGUUUGCAGAUCUAAAAUUUAAUGAUUUCAAGCAGUAUGAAGAUGCAGCCGCGGAAUACGCUAAACUUUGGGAGUAUCGUGACUUUCCGAAGUUUCACUUAAUUAAAUUGAUUGGAAAAUUUCAGGAAGCGCGCUCAUACUACGAAGCUGCCAAACCGGCGGGUUAUCGUGAAGGCGAUCCAGACGCAGUCUUUGACGAAGUACUACUCCAAAAUGCUGUAAAUGCUUAUGAGCAAGCGGUAGAAAAGUUCAAGGGACCAGAGAUUAAGGGGGGAGAAAGUGGCACCUUCCUCGCCGGUAUCGAGCAGGGGCGCUAUGACGAUUUCCCGCAGCGCCCAAUGCAGGUCGAGGCAUGUGUUAUGAAUCAAGCCCUUUCCCACGAAAAACUGAAUGCGUGGGGUAAAAGCUCGCGAGCUCUACACAGAGAUUCUCCCGGAAAGCAAUAA